AUGGGCUUCGGCGUCAGGACCACGGGCGCGAUGAACUCUCCCCGUACCCACCGCGAUAUGCCGCUGUACCAGGUUGUCCUCGUCGAUAAUCUGGAAAAUCGGACGAUUUUCCAGGUGCAGCGGGUCUGCCGCGUCAAGACGGGCCGGAUCCAGCAGCGAGGCCUUCUCGUUAGGUGCACUCUUCCACCAGCUUCGCUGCCGCCACCGAGAGCUGGUUACCUGCCCCCUCCCAGCGCUCUGACCAACACGCCGGAGAGAGAUAGCAGCCGACCGCGUCGUCCACGGCUUCGCCCGAGAUUUCGGCUACCCCAGCGGCCGCGUCUGACGCGCGGGUUGCCCGCCGCGGAGGCGUCGCCGCUGCGCAACAGACUGCCACCCACACUCCCCCGCGGCAGCGGCAAGCAGCUCGCGCUGCGGCGCAGUUGCGGCCGGGAACUGUCGCUCCACGGCAGUCGACACCUCCAGAGCGGCCCCAGUGCUACUGGGGUGCACAGGAGGCAUCAGAACCAGUUGCGCCGCGCUGGCCGCCCGGAUUCUGCCGCUCGUUCUUUGUCCACAGAUUUGGUCCGCGGCGGGUUCCAGCCGCGCCUUCCGACUUCGCUGCCGCCCCCAGGGCAGCAGCAGCCGUCGCCGCUAUCACGCCGACAGCCCGUCCCGUUGAUGCCUCCCGCGCAGCUUCAUCCGGGAGCGCCCCAGGUGGUCGCUCCGGCGCCUGUGGUCCCUCUUCAGUCGCCACCGCCUUCGGAGCUGAUGGACGUCGACCCAUCAGCCGGGCCGCCUUCCCAAGCGGUGGCUGUGCACUCUGUCCUGCAGCCGCUUUCCUUGGGUACCCCCAAGGAGUCUGACACCGCAGCGCCUUGUCCGGCGCCCACUCAGCAGCCGUCGACGCAGCGUCAGGAGACGCUGCCUCUCUUCGUGGGUCCCGACGCCCCGUCGCGUCCAGUACCAGAAGCUGCGCCCGUGGUCACAGGCGUGCGCCCUGACCUCGGUUUUCAGUCGGUGUUUCCCGAGGCCCCGCGCAGCCAAUGCUGGGGUACGGACCGGGGACUGCCACCGACAACAGUCUCCGCCCCGAGGCACUUGUCACUGCUGCUGCCGCUGUCGCUGCUGCUGGUGCUGCCCGUACGCUCCUUGAUGCACACGAAAGUACAGUGA